UGGGUGGCAGUGGACUUCUGGUUACGUGAUUUCUUGCAACGCCAAUUCAAGCAUAAACCAUCUGGUCGAGUACACAGUAAAGUGUGUGGCUGCCUUUAUCUUAUGGGUGUGAGCAUAAGUGGCUUCUCCUCCGGAUGCAGGGAAGGAUCUGAUCCCUCCUCUGUCUGCUCUUCCACUAACAGGGUGGGGCAUCCCAGGAAAGCAGUUGUGUGGGCAGCAAGCAGCAGGGCUCGGGUGUCAAGCCCUGAUCCUGGCAGGAAGAGCACCUGCGCCUGGUGAAGCCACCAGGGCCAGCAGAGAGGUGGUGGCGGCGGCUGAGGAGACCCAAGGCAGGGUUUGCCUGUGCCUUUUCCCAGCCUGGUCAGGCACUGUGCCUCUGCCCCUUCUUUGUCUCCUGUCCUCGCUUUUACAGAUGGUGCAGACGACCAGACCCCUUUGAAGUUGGACUUCAGACGGCUGGGUGUGCAGUGAGGCAUUUCCCUCCUCUCCAAACCUCACCUGCUUCUGGGACGUGAGAUCAUUGGGUACCAUUUUUGAAGAGAUGUUGAUCUGCUGCUUCCUCCAGAAGAUGGAGAAAAGCCGCUGGUUUGCCCCAGUCCUGCUUGGACUCAUUUUCCAGCAGACAGAAGGAGGCGAGAGAGCCCUGGCAGGAAACGGGACGACAAGCGUCAGCCCUCCAGCCCUACAGCCAGCCCCAGAGGCCAGACGGGACGUGCCGUUCCUGCAGCAGGGCUCCCUAAGGGACAACCCAUCGGAGCAGACUGUGAGGGAUCAAGCCAGUUCCCCAGGCCAGGCGGCCUCCCCACUGGAAACUCCUACACUGGUGGCCCAGCCUGUCAUCUGGAGAGAGUCUCCUCCCGAGAGGCCAGAAGUCAUCCGGUUGUUCUGCUGGGUGCCAGAGGGCAAGGUGGAGGCCAUUGAAUGGAAACGGGAUGGGAGGCCAGUCUUGGCCGAGAAAGAGCAUCACCUCCCUGCAAACCUCAGCGUGUUGAGCCUCCCCAGCGCCACGGCACCCCACUGUGGCUCCUACUCCUGCAGCGCCAGCAACGCCCUCGGCUGGAAGGAGUCACCCUCGCUGAGCUUGACCUUUGUCCGAAUCUCGGCAGUGUUGGAGGCUUCCUUGCAAAUAUCUGUCUCUGCACUGGUGCUUGCUGGUUUCUGCGGAUGGGGGAUCCUCUUGCCAUUCUGUCAGUCUCCCAAACUAGCAAUUAGAGGGAAGGCCGGGAGGUGGCUCAACAUCUUCGUCAACUGUCUCGCCUGCCUGGCAUCUGCCCUGGCCCUGGUGGCCAUCAUCCUCUGGAUUCACGAUCAAGAAAGAGAGAAACAUCAUGCCAACAUCCUGCCCCUUGGCCUUGUCCUCCUCCUAGGACUCUGUGCUGCCUUCAUCUUUCCCAUCCUCUUCCUCCUCCACGUGGUGCUGGUCACCGGCCUGGUGGUGGUGGUGCUGAUCUUCCAGCUGGAGGUGCUUCGUCAAGUCUCAGACCACAGAGCCCAACGCAUGCUGGACUUCACCACUCCUGGAGGGGCGAUCUUAGUUGGUUUGACGUGCGGCUUUCUGGUCAAACACAUCCUGAAGCUUCAAGAGGAGGGAUGUGCAGAACCUGUUGAUCUGAUGCCUGUCUUAGUGGGAACGGCUGGGUUUUCUUGUGCCCCGCUUUUGGUCAUCGUUGUGCAUCAUUGCAUGGAUCUAAGGAGACAUGAAGUGCAGGACCGAAUUACCAGAAGGGAGAAGUGGAAGGAGCUACAAGCCCUAACGAUGGACUUCCAAGAUGAGAAGCCCCCCGCGGACUCCCUGCUGCAGGAGGUGCCUGUGCUCCCUUGAAGAUGUCCGUCUGCCUGUCCACCCCCUCACCGACGCACCUUGUGCCUGGACCUUUCCAGCUUCCACUGCAACCUCCGAGCCAAAGACCUUCCAAAAUGCUGGCGGCAUGUUCAGGACCCCAAAGGAGGGCUAAUAAAGUAGCACAAGGUUGCCCUCUUCUUCC